UAGCUACGUGCGGAAAAGAGACUGCUGUUGCUGCUGCUGCUGCUCUUCUUCUCGUCGCAGGGACAGGCGCUGUCGCGGAAGCCGGCAGCAUGAAUGUUGGAGUAGCCCACAGUGAGGUGAAUCCCAACACACGAGUGAUGAACAGCCGAGGCAUUUGGUUAGCUUACAGCAUUUCAGUGGCUGUGCUCCAUGUCAUCUUUCUCAGCAUUCCCUUCUUCAGUGUCCCUGUGGUCUGGACUCUAACCAAUGUUAUCCAUAACCUGGUGAUGUAUUGGUUUCUCCAUACAGUGAAAGGGACUCCCUUUGAAACGCCUGACCAGGGCAAGGACCGCCUACUCACACACUGGGAGCAGAUUGACUAUGGUACACAAUGGACAUCCUCUCGCAAAUUCUUAAGCAUUUCACCAAUCAUCCUCUACAUUUUGACCAGCUUUUAUACGAAAUAUGACCAUGUGCACUUCAUAAUCAACACCACCUCACUACUAAGUGUCCUUUUGCCCAAAUUACCCCUAUUCCACGGGGUCCGUAUCUUUGGUAUCAACCAGUACUGAAGCAGCUGGAAUCUUGGCACUGCUGAGACUUUAUUCUUCCAAAGAAAAACUAGUUCCAGGAAAGUGUGGGCAAAGCUGUGAUCACAUCAUCUCAAACUGCCUGGAACCAGGUUUAACUGGGGCAGGCAGAGCCUCCACUUCUCAAAUGACUGAGCUGUAUUGAACGUUCUUCAGUGUUUCUUGCAAGGAAAUAUAAGUCAUUCUCCCUGUGGCUAGUCUGUACUAGGGUUGGCCUCUCUCUGGUGGAAUGAAACAGUAGUUGAAUUGUCAUGUGAACGUGAGUUCUCUAGCUCUUCUCCUGUUGCUCUUAGUAGUGUGGGACUGGGAUCACUUUCUGGAAGAGAUUUAAUGUUGUUUAAACCCACCUUUCUUUUGUUUGUAAACGUCUCUUUUUCAGACGUGGUGCUGAUAAGCUUGUGUUUUUCCACUCUCAGAAAAGUGAAUUGUCCUGCUGUGACAGUUCUCAUAGUUAUGCUGUGCAGAUCACCAUGUUUUGUAAAUUCUUGCUUGGUGAGAACAUGUUAGCAUAACUUUGCUCAUUCCAGUUGAAUGCAAAAUGCAGAAUUUUGUACUGUACCGCCAUUUUCUUUUGUUCUCCCUCUUGUGCUCUCCCCCCUUUUUCCCCACCCACACUUUAAAAUAGCUCUUCAGGUUGUAAAGGAAAAAUAUAACACAACACUGAAGUUGGAAGAUUCAAAUUAAGGUAUGCAUUUAGUGAGUGCUCUGCACUGCUUUUGUUCUCACUCAUUUUUAUCAACCUUGCUUAGACCAUCCCCGUGAAGUUGUCAGAAUAAAAAGAUAA